ACCCUGAAGCUGAAUUCAAUCUCCAAAAAAAAAAAAAAAAGAAUCCUUUCUCCUCAUCUCAAAUGGGUAUUGAUAAUUGCUAAUUAAUCGAUAAUGUUUGAGAUUUCAAGCGUUUCAUCAGUUUUCCAUCUUCUAGUGCUCUGUUUUUUCUUCGAUUUUGUUAGGGUUUCUGCUACUACUGAGUUUGAUUUCGGCACUCUGACUCUCAGCAACUUGAAGCUCCUGGGUGAUGCCCACCUGAAAAAUAACAGCGUCAUCCUUACUCCGGAUCUCCCGGUACCUAAUUCCGGUGCCGGCAGGGUGUUGUAUUCGAAACCGGUGAGAUUCAGGCAGCCGGGGUCUCGUUCUCCUUGUAGCUUUACUACUUUCUUCUCCUUCUCCAUCACUAACCUGAAUCCCUCCUCGAUCGGUGGUGGGCUUGCCUUUGUCAUCGCUCCGGAUGGGGAAUCAGUUGGUGCCGCAGGUGGGUCCCUCGGGCUCGUCGACGACAAUGGGCUUUCCACCGGAUUUGUGGCAGUGGAGUUUGAUACCCUCAUGGAUGUGGAGUUUAAGGACAUUAACGGGAACCAUGUGGGUUUGGAUCUUAACAGUAUGGUUUCUUCUCAAGUUGGGGAUUUGGGUGUUUUGGACAUCGAUCUCAGGAGUGGAAAUCUCGUAAAUUCCUGGAUCCAGUACGACGGUUCAUCUCAGGUCUUCAAUAUUUCAGUAUCCUAUUCCAAUUUGAAGCCGAAAGAGCCAUUACUGUCUUUCAGUCUUGAUCUGGGUCAACACGUGAACGAUUUUAUGUACGUGGGGUUCUCCGGUUCGACUCAGGGGAGUACAGAGAUUCACAGUAUAGAGUGGUGGAGUUUUAGCUCUACAUUCGAGUCCAAUUCGGAUUCUGGGUCAACGGCACCGCCUCCUCCAACUUCGAGCUUGAUGACCCCGACGGCUAAUUCAGUGAAAGCGCCGCCGCCUUCAUUGGCUCCGUCUAGCUCUGAUUCAAUCGCCAGCACUCAACAGAAGAGCAGUAAGUCAUCUUCUUGUCAUAACCAGCUCUGUAAGCAGGGUGCAGGGGCGGUUGCAGGGGUGGUGACUGCAGGGGCGUUCGUUUUAGCCAUCUUUGCCGGAGUUCUCAUAUGGGUCUACUCCAAAAAGGUCAAACAUGUCAAGAAAUCGGAAUCUUUUGCUUCCGGUAUUAUCAAAACGCCGAAGGAAUUUACCUACAAGGAGAUCAGAACGGCGACGAAGUGCUUCAAUGCCAAUAGAAUCAUCGGCCAUGGUGCAUUCGGGACUGUUUAUAAGGGUAUACUAGCAGAUAACGGCGACAUUGUGGCCGUGAAAAGGUGCAGUCAUAGUACUCAAGGGAAGAAUGAGUUCCUAUCUGAACUGUCCAUAAUUGGGACUCUCCGGCAUCGGAAUCUUGUUAGGCUACAAGGAUGGUGCCAAGAGAAAGGAGAAAUUUUGUUAGUGUAUGAUCUAAUGCCAAAUGGGAGUCUUGACAAAGCAUUAUUUGAGGCAAGAACGCCGUUGCCGUGGUCUCAUCGUCGGAAAAUCCUGUUGGGAGUUGCCUCUGCUCUGGCCUAUUUGCAUCAAGAAUGUGAAAAUCAGGUCAUCCACAGAGACGUCAAGACCAGCAACAUUAUGUUGGAUGAAGGGUUUAAUGCCCGGUUAGGGGAUUUCGGUUUGGCUAGGCAAGUGGAACACGAUAAGUCCCCGGACGCCACGGUGGCUGCCGGAACAAUGGGCUAUUUGGCACCAGAAUAUAUCCUGACUGGACGGGCCACAGAAAAAACAGACGUGUUUAGCUACGGGGCGGUCGUUCUGGAGGUGGCAAGCGGAAGGAGACCGAUUGAGAGAGAUGUGAAUCAAGCUGGGAAAGUUGGGGUGAGCACCAAUUUGGUGGAAUGGGUGUGGAGUUUGCACCGAGAAGGGAGGCCACUAACGGCGGCUGAUCCAAGACUAGAGGGCGAAUACGACGAGGCUGAGAUGGGGAGGGUAUUGAUGGUUGGACUAGCUUGCUCGCACCCUGAUCCAAUGGCUCGACCCACAAUGAGGAGUGUGGUCCAGAUGCUAGUGGGUGAAGCUGACGUCCCAAUUGUCCCAAGAACUAAGCCCUCAACGACCUUCAGUACAUCCCACUUAUUGUUAAGCUUGCAAGACAGUGUGUCAGACUGCAAUGGCAUGACCACCCUCUCCACCUCUUCAUCUGGAAACAGCUACAUUGGCCCCGAACUAGUCUAGUCAAACCCGGUCCAGACCAUUUCAAUCCCGGCAACUCCGGUCCCACGAUAGCUUAUUUAUUAACCAAUGCGUUCAUUUCCUUAUGUACAUGUAACACAAGAACAUAAGAUUGCAUUUUUGUGUUAAUUAUUAAUCAUGUUGGGGUUAUACCAAUCUUGGAACAAUUAGAGUACGAAAAGGUUGUUGGGAACAUGAAAAAAAAUAUGGUGGGAGUCAUUUUCCAGUGGUUGGAUUGGAUGUGUAUACGUUUAAGGAAAAAGCUGGGUGGUUGCUUUCACAAGUAAUGCCAUAGUGAAAGAAGACAAUAGUUUU